AUGCAAUUUGAGAAACAUCUGGAACCCAAACUACCACAAUCUUUGUAUAUGAAACGUGCGGAACAAGCCAAAGACCUUGGUAGUCGCAUAGACACCAGAAAAUUCUCACAACAAAAAAGACGCGAAGCUGAUCUGGUUCGUCGAAUCAAGGGUCCGCAUUCUACGGCAUCGGACACAGUUCGGGAAUUGGAAUUGUCUCGUUUGGCCGAAUCGAGACAAUUGAGAGAGAAAGAAAUGGAAGAACAGAAACGCAAAGAAAUGAUACAAUUUUUUAUGGACUAUGUGGAAGCGCAGAAGAAACAGCGUACGGAAGAGGCCUGGGAGACAGAACGAGAUAUUACAACGUCAGAUGAAGCACCUGGUAUACCAGACAGUCAAACCCCAGAUGCUAGUCAUAUCGAGCAGAUGAAGUCAACACAGGCACAAGGAACUUCCGAAUCUAUCAGUUUGGAUGAUAAAUGUUGGCAGCCGGUAAAUUCACGAACAGGUUUUCCGGAUGCCGAAGCGCUCGUUGAGAUGCAAAAACUGCUGGAUGCAAAUUUCGGUCUCGCACAGGACCUCAAGACCACUCCAGCGUUUGUAUGGUCUUAUUUCGAGAUGCUUCGAUCCACGCGAGUUCAAAUGGAUCCAUCUUUUGGACCGUUACGCAAUAUGGAUCCCAUCACCCUAUUGAAAAGUCUCGCAUCCACUUAG